UUACAAGCAUUCAUGCACCCCAUUCAGGUUGAGUCUCCAAUACUUAUCCCCGCCCUCAUUUAGAACGUCAGAGCACCAGCACUCCAGGGGUGCUUCCCAACUCAACUCAGCCUCUCCACACUUUGCUCUAAACUUUACGCACGGAUGUGUUUGCUCCUCGGGACCUAUAUUACAUCGCAUUUUCUGCGCAACUUUAUGGACGAUUUAAAGUAGCCGCGCCCUCUUAUACGCAUUUUAAACUUAUAAAUAUUUUUUUCCUCCCAAAGUUGCUCCAGCUCACACAAUGAGACAGAUGCAGUAGAAUUUAAAAAUAAAAAUGAAGGGUGUCUUGAUGAUAUGCCUGGUCCUGGCGGAUUGUACCAGCGUGCACAGGCUACUGGGAUCCCCAAUUUUGGAAGAGGGUAACCGGACGGGUGACAGCGCAUCGACCCUGGCCUUUGUGUUCGAUGUGACUGGCUCCAUGUACGACGACCUCCAACAGGUGAUUGAUGGCGCCUCGCGGAUCCUAGAGAAGACCCUCAACCGGAGGGCCAGGCCCAUCAAAAACUUUGUUCUGGUUCCAUUCCAUGAUCCAGAUAUUGGUCCAGUGUCAAUCACCACCGACCCCAAAAAGUUCCAGAAGGAUCUUCAAGAGCUGUUUGUUCAGGGUGGAGGUGACUGCCCUGAGAUGAGUGUUGGAGCCAUUAAGAAAGCCUUGGAGGUUUCUCUUCCGGGAUCAUUCAUUUAUGUGUUCACAGACGCAAGAGCCAAAGACUAUCGCCUAAAACGGGAUGUACUACAACUGGUACAACUCCGUCAGUCUCAGGUGGUUUUUGUAUUGACUGGAGACUGUGGUGACCGCUCCCAACCAGGCUACAAGGCAUAUGAGGAGAUUGCAGCUACGUCGUCAGGGCAGAUUUUUCACCUAGACAAGCAGCAGGUCAAUGAGGUGUUGAAGUGGGUCGAGGAGACUGUUCAGGCCAUGAAGGUCCAUCUACUUUCCUCAAACCAUGACAGUGCUCAGGUGAACCAGUGGGAAGUGCCCAUUGACUCCAGCCUUCGUGAGGUCACUGUGUCACUCAGUGGACCUGCUCCACAAAUUGAGCUCAGAGAUCCCUUUGGUCGUGAAGUGGGUGUUGAGCAAGGUCUGAAAGAGCUUCUAAACAUUCCCAAUUCUGCUCGUGUUGUCAACCUGAAGUUUCCCAGGCCUGGAGCAUGGAAUCUGAAGGUGAGCUGCAGUGGUCGUCAUACCUUGAGGGUGACAGGAGUCAGCAAUCUGGACUUUCGGGCUGGUUUUUCUAAUGUACCUGUUAAAGAGUUCAACCUCACUAGAGAGAGGCCAAUAAAGGGACUUCCAGCACAUAUUUUGCUGAAAUGCACAGGCCUGAAACCACCAGGUCAGCUGAGUCAUGUAGAACUAGUGUCUGGCUCGGGACGUCCCCUGCGCACCAUCCAAGUGCCUCUGCCCUCUGACCUUGGCCAACAAGGACUGUGGAGUGUCCCAGAAUUGCGCACCCCAUCCCAGAGUUUUUUCAUCAAAGCGAUGGGCAGAGAUGUGGAGGGCUAUCGCUUCCAGCGACUGUCAAGUGUCUCAUACACCAACAUAGUUCCAGCUCCUCCAGUUGUGAACAUGCCUGGUGUGGUGAAGGGUAUAUACAUGCAGCCUGCUAUGAUUCAAUGUUCGGUAGAGAGUGACAUACCUUACAGGCUAAGAUUCACCAGAAGUGGGAGGACACUAGGGGAGGAGAAGUUAUUCCAGAAGUCUGCAACUGCAUCUUGGGAGAUUGGCCAUGCCUCAGCAGAAGAUGAGGGCUUCUAUGAGUGCAUUGCUCAGAGUGGUGCAGGACAAGGACAUGCCUUGACCCAGCUCACUGUUAGAGAGCCUCCACCUGUACUAAAGCCAGCAGUCAAUGUGACUUCCUUAGUGGGAAGUGCAGCUGUGCUGUCCUGUACGGUAGAGGGCUCCAUGCGCUACAACUUGACCUGGCAUCGAGCAGGUCGCACCAUCCGAGCUCGCUCAGGGAGGGUGAGGCUGCUGUCCAACUCAUCCCUGCAGAUUAGCAACGUUCGGACUCAAGAUGCUGGGGAGUACCACUGUGUGGCCUUAAACGCUCAUGGAGACACCAGCAUCACCGUAUGGCUCUUCGUCCCGGAGAAACCUACUGUGGUGCUACACUCCGAGAGCAAGGUAUUUUCCCGAGGGGACGAAAUUCGCCUUGUCUGCUCAGCAUCCGGCUCACCCCCUCCUCUGGUCUUCUGGAGCCAUGGAAACACGUUCCUUGCUAAUCGGCCGAGGUUGAGUCUACAUCAACAAGGAGUUUUGACCAUAACAGGGGCUAUCCCAGAGGAUGCUGGGAACUACACAUGUCUGGCAAGCAAUGUGGCUGGGACUGCCUCUCAGUCUGUUUUACUUACUCACGCAGAGGUGCCUAUCGUAACAGUGAUGCAGCAGGUUCUACUUGUAGCUCUUGGAGAUGAUGCUACUCUUGAGUGUCAGACCAGUGGAACCCCACCUCCUCUUGUGCAUUGGUUUAAAGGGAAACUUGAGGUGGGCUCUGCCCCCUUUGUUGAACAGGAUGUCCACCAUGGCACGCUGCACAUUCGAGGGGUACAGGAGGUAGAUGCUGGUCAAUACAACUGUGUGGCCACCAACCCGGCUGGGACUUCAUCUGGUACAGUCAAUUUGGAGGUUGGAGCGGGACCUUUGUUCUCUGAGGCACCAAUUGACAUGGCAGCUAAAGUAGGGGAAAACAUCACUCUCCCCUGUGUGGCUCGAGGUUUUCCACGACCAACUGUGACCUGGUACACUCAAGAUGGGAAAAAAAUUCUCACAAAGGCAGAGGGUCACAGUAGAAAAUUGCAGCUGGAGAAUGGAUUCCUUCUGAUUCAAAGUGUAUGGCUGGAUGAUGAAGGGUUGUACACCUGUGAGGCCAGGAACCAGUUUGGAAUGAUCAAAGCUGAUGCAAGGAUUAGUGUCACUGGACUGGAGCCUCCUCUCUUAGCCCAAGGUGUCCCGAUCAUCACUACUGGUAUUGGACAACCCCUGAGUAUCCCAUGUAUGCUGCUGGAAGGAAUACCACUCCCAGAAAGACACUGGUCAUUAAAUGGGAAACAUGUUCAAUUCAAUGGGAGAAUUUUUGUGAGAAGUGAUGGAAGUUUGUACAUUGGAAAAGCUGUUCCAGAUGAUUCUGGGGCAUAUGUGUGCACAGCAGUGAAUGCAGCGGGAUCUAUGAACAUCACAGUAAACGUGGAGGUCCAUGUGCCCCCCGAGAUUAACACUGGACCCUACCACUACAUAGCCAUUGAGGGUGUAGCCAUCACAUUAUCGUGUGAGACGAGUGGCAUUCCUAAACCAAUUGUGGUUUGGACUAAGGGCAGGCAACCUCUACCUCGGGAUAGCUCCUCGCUUCAGGCUGACCCCAGUGGAUACCUCCACAUACCCCACCCGACCACUGACGAUGCAGGAAUCUACAUUUGUACUGCUACUAGUUCCGUGGGUUACACCAGUCGGGAAAUCCAGCUCAGUGUUAACACAAUGCCAAAGAUAAUGGGUGCGAGUGACCAUGACAACACAGUAGAAAUGGCUGCAGAGGUAGGAGCAGAGGUUGUUCUACCUUGUGAGGCCCAUGGGAGUCCGUCACCACUUGUCACAUGGAACAGAAAUGGGCACCCCAUCCCCCCUGUCACAGCAGGGUUCACUGUUUUACCUUCAGGCUCCCUGAAGAUCACCGAUGUACGCCUGAUUGAUAGUAAACUGUACACCUGUACCGCAGAGAACCCAGCUGGCAAUGUGUCCUUAAGCUACAAUUUACAUGUUCAAGCCAAGCCCAAGAUUCAGCCAGCGCCCUCUCUACUGAAAGCUCUGGUCGGUCAAACAGUCACGCUGCCUUGUGUGGUCCAGGGGGAGCCGAGCCCAGAGGUCAAUUGGUUUCACAAUGGUCUUCCUGUUGGGAUCAAGAACACUUCACCGCUUAGGAUCCAAGAGGUCAGCCUGGCUGACAAAGGAGCUUACCAGUGCGUGGCUCGGAACAGCGCAGGACAGGAGACUUUGGAGAUUUUUCUGGAAAUUCUUGGGGCACCAUUUUUUGCAGAACCAGGAGAUGCAGUCAUGGAGAAAAUAACUAAUAGCAAGGUUGUCAUCCCCUGUCCCGCUGAAGGCUCUCCACGUCCCAAGGUGCGUUGGUUCAAGAAUGGCCUAGAGAUCCAUCCUGGACAAUCAGAAUUUUCUGUAACCAGGGAUGGAGCUCUCGUAAUUAAGAGAGCGUCUGCCAGUCACAGCGGUGAUUUCAAGUGUGUGGCUACGAAUGAAGCUGGGUCUGUGGAUAGGAAGACCAGGUUAAAAGUGAAUGUUCCUCCUGAAAUCCAGGAUGGUGGCCAAACAGGCAACCUCACUGUAACCUUAAAACAGCCUCUCACUCUAGGAUGUGAUGCUUUUGGUAUUCCCUCCCCUACAAUUACCUGGACUAAAGAUGGUCACCUUGUGGAUGGUCCUGGGCUGUAUCUUCAAAAUGGGAACCGUCUGCUCAGAAUCUAUAGGGUCCAGCCAGAACAUGCAGGAAUUUUUGCUUGUAAAGCCCGAAAUUUAGCUGGGGAAGCUCGAAGGGAAUAUCAUAUUGUGGUGCAAGCUCCACCAGUAAUCUCGGGCACCACCAAACUACAAGAGAUAACUGCUGUUCUAGGCGAGGAAGUGGAUUUUCAGUGCAGAGUUAGUGGGCGUCCUGCACCCAGAGUGGAAUGGAGUCGUGAUGGAGAAGUUCUAUCUCGUGAUGGAGAUCCACAUGUGGAGAUCCUGGAAGACAGUCAAAUGUUGAAAGUGAAAUCUGUCCGGCUAAGAGAUCAAGGACUUUACCAGUGUAUGGCCAGCAACAAUGCAGGGACACAGAUGCGUCAGUUCAGAUUAACCGUGCAAGCUCCACCAAAAAUCAAGGAUUCCAGUGAGACCUCAGAUGUGUCAGUGGUGCUGGGUUUCCCUAUAGUUCUGCUCUGUGAUGUUGAAGGUUCACCCACGCCGAGUAUCACCUGGUUGAAAGACAACCAGCCUAUUGUGUCGAGCCCCCAGCUGACAUACACUGAGAGUGGGCAGGCUUUAAGGGUGGGAUCAGCACAAGGGGACAGCACAGGUUUAUAUACCUGUCGGGCUUCCAAUCCAGCUGGCACUGCUGUCAAGCAGUAUUCUCUCAGUGUUCUGGUGCCCCCACAAAUAGAGGGGGACUCAACAUCUCUAGGCACUCGGGAAGAGAAAGUACGAAUCAAUGGCAGCUUAACUCUCUCCUGCCUUGCGAAAGGUUUUCCUGAGCCCAAGGUUGCCUGGUUCAAAGACGGGCAGUUGCUGACAGGAAACAACCAUGUUGGUAUUAGGGAGAAUGGGGCCCUCCUGCAUCUGGAGAACGCCAUACUGUCCCAUGAAGGGCGGUAUACAUGCGUGGUCACCAACUCAGCAGGAGAAGACAAGAGAUAUUUCCAAGUAAACAUACAAGUUCCUCCAGUCUUCCAUCGCGUGACUAACAGAGAAGCAGCCUGGGGUACAGAGGAUAGGGAGGAUGAGGAGAUCGACGACAUGGUAGAAAAAAGAGAGGUAGUCCUCGGCCAUCCCAUCAGCCUUUCCUGCGAAAGUAAUGCCAUACCACCACCCAAACUUAACUGGUACAAAGAUGGACAGAAGCUCACUAGGGCUGAUGGAGCAAAAUUACUGCCAGGUGGACAAGUGCUUCAAAUUGCUCAAGUGCAGAAAGGAGAUGCCGGAAAAUAUACUUGUGAGGCUGUUAAUGAGGCUGGAGAAGACCAUAUGCAUUUUGAAUUGGAAGUCUUGGUAUCACCUAUGAUAAUGGGAGCAUCUGAGGAGUUCAUGGAGGAAAUAGGAGCGGUGGUCAACAGCACUGUGGUCCUCCACUGCGAUGCAACUGGACAUCCAACCCCAGCUAUCUCGUGGCUUAGAGAUGGACAGCCAGUUCACACAGAUGCACAGCAUGUCAUAAGUGAGGACAAGGCACAACUGCAGCUCCUCAGUGUGCAGGUUUCAGACAUGGCUGGGUACCUGUGUACAGCAGAAAACAAAGUUGGGUCAGUUGAGAAGCUCUUCAGUUUAACUGUUCAAGUACCACCAAGAAUUUUAGGACCUAAAGAGGAGGAGGUGAGCGUGACUGAAGGUCACAUGGUGUCGUUACUGUGUGAUGUCCAAGCAUACCCUCCGCCAGAAAUCACGUGGACCAAAGAUGGGCAAAUCCUUCACUUCAGUACCGGUAUCCACAUAUUGCCAGGUGGCCAGAUGCUACAGCUGCCCCGAGCAAGAGUGGAGGAUGCAGGGCAAUAUGUGUGCACGGCUUCUAACUCAGCUGGCCAGGACCAGAAGAGUCUUCUCCUCAGUGUUUAUGUCCUGCCCACCCUGAAGCAUCGUCUUGAUGCUGAGUCAGAUGUGGUGACCCCGCAGCUUGGCUCCUCUGUUAUCCUGCAAUGUGAGGCCCAUGGUGUCCCUGAGCCUGAGGUCACAUGGUAUAAAAAUGGACUCCAACUGGCUACAGGGAAUGGAUUGAAGACAGAUCAACACCAGCUGGAGAUCACAGGAGUUCAGAUGGCAGAUGGUGGUACCUAUACCUGCAAAGUGUCCAAUGUAGCUGGGGAGGUAGACAAGACAUUCAGAUUGGCAGUUUAUGUUCCACCUGUCCUUGAUGGGCCUCUCCAGGAGACUCUAAACUUCACCUUGGGUUCUCGUGUAUCACUUCGGUGUGAGGCCUCAGGGGUCCCCGUGCCAAGCAUCACUUGGCUCAAAGACGGAAUACCGAUUGAGAGCAGCCUGCAGUGGCAAUGGUCUAUUCGAGGGGACCGCCUUGAGCUGGGGCCUCUUACUCUUUCCCAUUCUGGAGUUUACACUUGCCUGGCCAAGAAUAGUGAAGGACAGGAACAAAAGGAAUACAUUCUCACAGUACAUGUAUUGCCUACCAUUCUCGACUCUGAUCAUCCAUCGGAUGUUAGUGCACCCAUUGGAGAGGAGGUAACACUAGAGUGCAAAGCAGCGGGAAACCCCGUACCUCACCUUAGCUGGCUUAAAGACGGCUUGACUUUGGAGGGGUCGGACACUCGUGACAUUGCUGUGACUCCUGACGGCAGCACAUUAACUCUACUAAGGCUUACUCCUGAGGAUUCUGGAACAUACACCUGUUUGGCUAUCAGCCCUGCUGGCCAGGAGAGCAAGAUCUACACCCUCUUUGUCCUUGUAAGACCAUCCAUCCUUGGGGAGACCACUGAGCCCAAAGAGGUGCAGGUCAUCCAGGACAAUGCUUUGACUCUUGAGUGUCGUGCUGAUGGAAAACCUCCACCCCAAAUCAGCUGGUUUAAGAAUGGACAGCCGCUACUUCUCUCGCCCCAUACACGUCUAACUUCUGGGGACUCACUGCUCAGGAUUUCUCCUGUGCAAUUAUCAGAUGCUGGAGUUUACACAUGCAUUGCUCGCAGUCGAGCUGGUCUUGCUGAACUGAGCUAUAAUGUCCAGGUCCAAGUGCCCCCUGGUGUUGAUUAUGUGGAACCAGUGGAACCAGUGACUGUUGUCCAAGGUUCCUUAGUAACGCUUACCUGUGAGGCCCGUGGCAUUCCUCCUCCAACGUUGACUUGGAUGAAAGACAGCCAACCACUGUCACUACAGCGAAACCUGCUGUUGGAUGGACAGGAGACUCGACUACAGCUGCCUGACGUGGCACCUUCAGACGCAGGCCUUUACAGCUGUGUCGCCAGCAACCAGGCUGGAAGCAGCACAAAGAGUUUUAAUCUCACCGUUCUUGAGCCUCCAAAAAUAUCCAGUUCUCAUGACCCAGAAGAACUUACGAUUGCAAUAAACAGCCCACUGGAGUUGGAGUGCUCUGCAGCGGGAGUACCACCUCCCACUCUUAGCUGGCUCAAGGAUGGUCGUCCACUAGAAGGGAACAUCAUUCAGGAGGAUGGACACAUCCUCAGUAUUAACAAAAUCCAGGUUGAGGAUGCAGGUCUGUACACCUGCUUGGCAAGCAGCCCUGCUGGAGAGGAUGGAAGAAACCAUUGGGUUCGAGUACAAGUCCCACCAACCCUUCUUAGCACUGAAGAUGUAAGGACAUUAUCAGUACCAGUUAAUGGACACUUGACCCUGGAGUGCCUGGCAGAUAGUGACCCCCCUCCUGAUAUAGAGUGGUACAAGGAUGAGGUCCUUAUUGAGCUGGGUGGUCGUAUUCAGAGGCUUGCAGGAGGCCAGUAUCUUGAAAUACAGGAUGUCAAGCCUGAGGACAGUGGCCAAUACAGUUGUGAGGUUACCAACAUGGCGGGAAGCACCAGUCUGUUCUUCAAAGUGGAUAUUCUCUUGCCACCAGUAAUAAAAGAGAGCAGUACAGUGGUGACAGCUCAUCUGGGCCAGGAUGUGGUUUUACCUUGCGAAGUUGAGGUUGGCACGUCCCCUACAAUUAUGUGGAGAAAAGAUGGAUUCCCCAUUACCCACGAUGACAACAAGUACACUAUGCUAAUAGAAGGCUCCUUACGUGUGCACGGAGUUCAGCUGAAUGAUGCCGGGCGCUACCACUGUACAGUAUCAAACCAGGCGGGCUCAGACCACCGAGGACUCGAUCUCCGCGUGUUUGUGGGUCCUGAAAUUCAUCCCGGCCCUUUCAACAUGACAGUAACCACAGGCAUCAGAGCUGUUCUCAGCUGUGAGACAACGGGCAUACCAUCACCUAAAGUAUCUUGGAAAAGGAAUGGUGUUCCUCUUGAUGGUAUCCAUCAGUCAAGUGCAUACAGGUUAUUGUCCUCUGGGUCUCUGGUACUUUUGUCGCCAUCCAAUGAGGAUGAAGGUUAUUUUGAGUGUACAGCUGUGAAUGAUGUUGGAGAAGAGCGGAGGGUUAUUGAAGUCAACCUCCAAGUCCCACCAUCCAUUGAAGAUGAUAUCACAACAGUCAAGGCUGUGAAAAUGUCUCUUGUGGAGCUACCUUGUCAUGUUAAAGGGCAACCUCAACCUAACAUCACCUGGACUAAAGGUGGAGCCAAGUUGGGAGCUAGAGGAGGAAAUUAUCGCAUCCUCCCCACAGGGGUGUUGGAGAUAACUGCUGUGUUACCAAGCCAUGCCGGCAGGUACACUUGCUCAGCUCGCAACACAGCGGGGGUGGCUCACAAACACAUCUCACUUACGGUCCAAGAGUCCCCAGAGAUCAGGCGAAUGGCGGAGGAAGUAGAAGUAGUGUUACAUCAUGGGACCAUUCUUCCAUGUGAGGUUCAAGGAUUCCCUCGACCAUCCAUCACCUGGCAAAGAGAGGGUGUUCCCAUAGCAGCUGGUCACAGGCUGGCUGUGCUCUCAAACGGUGCCCUCAAGUUUGCCCGUGUAACUCUUGGUGAUGCGGGGAUGUACCAAUGCCUGGCAAAGAAUGACGCUGGUGUGGCUGUAGGAAAAACCAAACUUGUCCUACAAGUCCCACCAGUGCUAAGUGUGCCUCGUGUGGAGUACAAUGCUGUGCUGGGACAACCAAUCGGCCUGGACUGUGCAGCAGAUGGUCAACCGCAACCAGAAGUUACUUGGCAAAAAGAAAGAAGACCUAUAAUUGAUAGUGCUCAUAUUCAUAUAUAUGCAAAUGGUACACUGGGGAUAACGUCUACCCAGCGCAGUGAUGCUGGGACAUACACAUGUACCGCCAAGAAUGUCGCUGGCAGAACCAGCCAUGAUAUUAGACUGUUCAUUCAAAUUCCUCCGAUGAUUCCCUCUGGGCAAACAGAGAUGUCAGUUAUUCAAGGAUUUCAGGCUUUGUUACCUUGUACUGCUCAGGGUUCACCUGAUCCCAAAGUAUCAUGGGAAAAGGAUGGUGCGGUAUUGCUGAACCUUCCUGGCAAAUUCACUCCCCUGCGAUCUGGAGAGUUGAUUAUUGAAAGGGCUGAGCCAGGGGAUGCUGGAAUUUUCACCUGUGUAGCCACCAAUGCAGCAGGCUCUGCAAGACAGGAUAUUCACCUAUCAGUCAACAUGAGACCUGCCUUUAAAGAAUUACCUGGUGAUGUAACCUUGAAUAAAGGACAAGAUCUGACCUUGUCCUGCCAUGCUCAGGGAACACCUCCUCCAGUCAUCUCCUGGAGUGUCAACAACAUACCUUAUCUAGGCACCACUGUUGAUGAAACAGGCAGGGACACCAUCAUAAUUAAGAACGUUACAAUGAGCGAUGCUGGGACAUAUGUGUGUAUCGCGGAAAACAGCGUGGGCUCCAUCCGAGCUCUCUCCUUUGUCCGCAUCAGAGAGCCUCCUGUGCUAAAGGGUGAAGCCCACACGUCUCAAACAGUCAUUCAAGGUGGUUCCGCUGUGCUUGACUGUCCAGUCCAAGGAGACCCCAACCCUGUUCUCCGCUGGCUCCGAAAUGGAAAACCCCUUCACCGCUCUGUCCGAAUGCAAGCGUUGCACAAUGGAUCACUGAUCAUUUACAGCAUCACUGCAGCAGAUGAAGGCCAAUAUGAGUGUGUGGCUGAGAGUGAAGCUGGAUCAGCUGAACGCACCAUUACUCUCAAGGUUCAGAUUAAUGGAGGCUACUCCAACUGGCAGGAAUGGGGUCCUUGUAGUAGCAUAUGUGGUCAAGGCGUUCAAGAGCGCAUUCGGCUUUGCAACAACCCAGAACCUUCUAAUGGAGGACAUUCAUGUAAUGGGCCAAGUAUCGACUCCAGGAAAUGUCAAGCAGGCCUUUGUCCAGGUGAAGCCCCUCGUAAGACCAGAGGCAGCCUGAUAGGCAUGGUCAAUGAGAGGGAGUUUGGGGUGUCCUUCCUGGAGGCCAACAUCACGGAUAAUGAAGAGGAAGGCUGCAGCACUUUGCAGGCCCGUCUAGACAACAUUCCGCCAAGUGUGGGUCCCCUGCUGCGGGUGCUGGUGUCUGUUUUUGCACCAGUCUACUGGACUACUGUGCUCCAGAGUGGGCCCACAAGGAACGGCUACUCUUUUACACGCGGCCACUUCAGGCAGGAGUCUCAGUUGGAAUUUGACACAGGGGAGGUCCUUCGUCUCACUCAUGUGGCCAGAGGAGUGGAUUCUGGGGGAGUUUUACUGCUUGACAUUGUAAUCAAUGGAUUUGUACCUCCUUCGUUGACAACAUCACAUUUGAGCCUCCAGGAGUUUGAUGAAUCUUACGUGCAAACGGGUCAAGGGCAGAUGUACUCAUGGUCAUCACAGACCCAUCAGAGGGGAGGAAACCCUCUGGUAUUACGCUGCAAUCACACCAUUAUUUAUGAGGGUGAGGAGAACCGCCAAGGCCCUCUGCUUCAGAUGGUGAAAGUUUCUGGAAUGAGUAGCGUCUACAAUAUGGUUACCCUUACGCUGGACUUCCACUUCACUGCCGACCUUCUCAUACCAGAUGGCCACGAAGAAACUUGCCCGAAAGGCUUUGUCCUCGACACAACCUCAUACUGUGCUGACGAAGACGAAUGUGCCCUUCAGUCUCCCUGCUCUCACUCAUGUAACAACAUCAUGGGAGGAUUUUCCUGUGUCUGUCCUUCUGGUUUUACCAUAUCCACAGAGACCAACUCAUGCCAAGAUAUAGAUGAGUGUACCCAGGGCUCACAUAUGUGCCACUACAACCAGCAGUGUGUCAACACUGUGGGCACGUACCGCUGCCAAGCCAAAUGUGGAAUAGGAUUUAAGCCCAGCAUCACAGGAAACAGCUGCGAAGAUGUGGAUGAGUGUCGUGAGUCUACCCUGUCACCGUGUCAGCAUCAUUGUCUCAACACUUUGGGAUCCUACCGCUGUAUCUGCCACCCUGGGUACCAGCUGUCAGGCGACCAAUGUCUCGACAUUGAUGAGUGUUCGAGGAACGUUUGCCCAGCUCACCAACAGUGUCAUAACACCGACGGCGGAUACCAGUGUUUCGACAGCUGUCCUGCUGGCAUGACAAAAGCAGACAACGGAGUGUGCGUAGAUAUUGAUGAGUGUGCGGAUGGAAGUCACAUGUGCCGCUACUCUCAGAUCUGUCAGAACACAGUCGGUGGAUACAGCUGUAUAUGUCCCAGAGGAUACCGAUCUCAAGGAAUUGGUCUGCCAUGCCUAGAUAUUGAUGAAUGCCUACAGACACCAAACCCUUGCGUCUAUCAGUGCCGCAAUGUGCCUGGAAGCUUCAGGUGUCUGUGUCCACCUGGAACUGUGCUUCUUGGGGAUGGACGCUCAUGUGCAGGGCUGGAGAGAGGACAUAUCUUCAGUAAUGGAACCAGAAUCAGGGCGAGACUUCGGCCACAGCUGGUGUCAUCCCUUGGCAGGCCAAUUUUGUCCCGUCCUUAUGGGGCAUCUCGUAUUACCAGGCAGAGUUGCCCUGUAGGAUACACCAGCCAAGAUGGCACUUGUGUUGAUGUGGAUGAAUGUCUGCUCAGAAAGCCGUGCCAACACGAAUGUCGAAACACUAUCGGCAGUUUCCGGUGUCUAUGUCCUUCUGGCUACCAGUUGCUACCCAAUGGCAGGAACUGUAAAGAUACCGACGAGUGUUUAGAGCAAGGCAUUAAAUGUGGCUACAAUCAAAUGUGUUUUAACACUAGAGGAGGAUACCAGUGCCUGGACACUCCCUGCCCUGCAUCCUACCAGCGUGGAAGAAGCCCAGGGACGUGCUACAAGCCAUGCGGUCUAAACUGUGCCAAAGGAGGUUCUCCUCUGCUCCUGCAGUACAAACUACUCACUCUUCCCUCUGGCAUACCAGCCGAUCACAACGUAAUACGACUAUCCGCGUUCUCAGAGUCAGGCAUCCUGCAAGAACGCACGUCUUUUACCAUACUAGAGCAAGAAUCCGACACAGGUCUGAUGGACCAGGCAUUUGACAUCAGGGACGAAUUCGGCCGGGGAGUCAUCUAUACACUAAGGCGUCUUGACGGACCAGAAUUGGUGCGGCUCAAGGUGCAGACCUCCACCGAAUCACAGCAAGGCCGUGCGACCUACCAGAGCAUUUUCAUCAUUUACAUCUCCAUCUCGGCAUUUCCCUACUGAGCAUCUGCUGCUUCACAUAUGACUAUGUCCUUAAAAGACCUCGAGAUACUUUUGAAACCAAAGGCAAUUUCUCUGAAACCUGAUCGUCAUGCGGAAUUUGGGUUUUAAAGGAACUUCAACAUACAACAUAUGAUAAAGAGGACGCUGUCAAUCAGAGAAGAUUUGGAACACUAUACAUAACUGUGACAGGCAAAUCCUGCCUUUAGUGUGAGUGAAAAACUAGAGAAGAGUAAACUUGUCCUUUCCUUCAAAAUGGAAAGUACAAUGAAUGCAGUCAUCAUAUGAGCAAUAAUAUUUUCUAUUGACCAGAAACUACCAUAAACUUGGCUCUCUUGGUAUUUAAGUGUGUCACUGUCUGGUUAUACUGUUACUGGUUUAAUUGGAGCUAAUAUAUGAAAAGGAAUAAAUUUUUCGAUCUUUCACAAUAACCUUUCUAAAUGUUCACCAUUAAUUCCAUGAGGCUGCCUGGGCCAAAGUGACAAACCAGAAGAGUGAAUGUUCCUUUUUUGUAGGCUUUUCAUUUUUUGUUUUAUGUAAAUAUGUUUAAAAGUGCCUUUGAAUGUAUCUUAGUGAAAUUUAUUGAUGCUGUGAUUCAACUGGUGCUUAUGUGCUACACAGAAUAUUUUUUUUUUUACUGUUAUUUUUCAAACGUAUUGAGUUCUUUGGGAUUAUAGCAUUAUGCACCAUGUUUAUAUCUAGGCAUGAACAACAUCAUUUCCAAUUCAUGAAAUUUUUUAAAAAUACAUUUUCACUGUAAUGUCUGUUGAGUAUUUGCUGGAAAAUAGAAAAUAUAUUUUGAAAACCCUCUGCUAUGCCCGUAAUUUUAAUCGAUAUCAGGAAAAAUGAGAGAAACAGCAUUACUGUAUGCAAAUAUUUUGGAGUUUCUCUGACUGGCAGCUGCAAAUAUUUGUUUUAUAUUUGAUGCUUUAAUGUAAAAGUGACCUUCCAAUGACUGGCCCGUCUAUAAGAACACACACUCGGUUAAACAUCUGUUUCUAAGAUGAAAUUUCGCCUUUCCUCAUCAGUAAAAAAUGUUAUUUGCUAAAGAUGAAGUGUUGAGACAACCAGAUGAGAAUCAGCGGCUUAUUAGGGCUCCCCCCAAUAAAAGAAAAAGAGGUAGGAAUGACGUCAAGUACAUUUAUGUUCCACAGCAGAACUAUCAUAACCAGGUCAACGACUGGUAUCUGGAAAAGUAAUAAGGAAGCAACUGUUCCCAUCAAAACCUGGUCUCCAAGAACCUUUUAUAUGCACAGAAGCUUAUUAGGGUAAUACGGUACAUAUGUUGGAAUGCUUGCAUUGAUUAUACAGCAACAGUACAGCUCAGCGCCAAUAUAUUUUGACAAUGAC